GCGCGCGGCCUGGCCGGGGCGCAGGGCGGAGCGGCGCCGGAGCCCGAGCCGGAGCCGGGCGCCCCCAGCCGCCGCUGCCGCCGCCUGCGGCUCCCGCUGCCUGCCCGGUGCGGCGCGGCCUGGCCCGCGGGAGCGCCCGCAGCUGCCCCGCAGUGCCGGGGCCGAGGCGGCGGGUGCGGGUGCGGGUGUGGGCGCGCUCGCGGCCGCCCCCGCGCCGCCCUCAUGUCGGCGCCUCUGAAGAAGGGCCCCGGGGGGCUGAUCGGGCUCAUGAAGGACGCCUUCCAGCCGCACCACCACCACCUGGGCCCGCACCAGCCCGGCGCCGUGGACAAGAAGAUGGUGGAGAAGUGCUGGAAGCUCAUGGACAAGGUGGUGCGUUUGUGUCAGAACCCAAAGCUGGCGUUGAAGAACAGCCCACCUUACAUCCUAGACCUGCUGCCUGAUACGUACCAGCAUCUACGAACCAUCCUGUCACGCUACGAGGGGAAGAUGGAAACCCUAGGAGAAAAUGAAUAUUUCCGAGUGUUCAUGGAGAACUUGAUGAAGAAGACAAAGCAGACCAUCAGCCUUUUCAAGGAAGGGAAAGAGAGGAUGUAUGAAGAGAAUUCUCAGCCUAGGCGUAACCUGACAAAGUUAUCCCUGAUAUUCAGCCAUAUGCUGGCAGAACUCAAAGGUAUUUUCCCAAGCGGCCUUUUCCAAGGAGACACGUUCCGGAUCACCAAGGCAGAUGCUGCAGAAUUUUGGAGGAAAGCUUUUGGAGAAAAGACUAUUGUUCCUUGGAAGAGCUUCCGUCAGGCCUUGCAUGAAGUGCAUCCGAUCAGUUCGGGGCUGGAAGCCAUGGCCCUGAAGUCAACAAUUGACUUGACGUGCAAUGACUACAUUUCAGUAUUUGAAUUUGAUAUCUUCACACGACUUUUUCAGCCAUGGUCCUCUCUGCUCAGGAACUGGAAUAGCCUAGCAGUGACUCAUCCUGGUUAUAUGGCAUUCCUAACGUAUGAUGAGGUAAAAGCCCGGCUUCAGAAGUUCAUUCACAAACCUGGCAGUUAUAUUUUCCGACUGAGUUGUACACGACUUGGUCAGUGGGCCAUUGGUUAUGUUACUGCAGAUGGGAACAUUCUUCAGACCAUCCCCCACAACAAACCUCUUUUUCAAGCGCUGAUUGAUGGCUUCAGGGAAGGCUUUUAUUUAUUUCCCGAUGGCCGGAAUCAGAAUCCUGACUUGACUGGCUUGUGUGAGCCCACACCUCAGGACCACAUUAAAGUUACGCAGGAACAAUAUGAGUUGUAUUGCGAGAUGGGCUCCACGUUCCAGCUGUGUAAAAUCUGUGCGGAAAACGACAAGGAUGUGAAGAUCGAACCAUGUGGCCAUCUGAUGUGCACUUCCUGUCUCACUGCAUGGCAGGAAUCAGAAGGCCAGGGUUGUCCUUUUUGCCGCUGUGAAAUCAAAGGAACGGAGCCGAUCGUAGUAGACCCAUUUGAUCCCAGAGGAGGAGGAGGAUUAUCACGGCAAGGUGCAGAAGGAACUCCUUCACCCAAUUAUGAUGAUGACGACGAUGACAGAGCUGAUGAUUCCCUCUUCAUGAUGAAAGAAUUAGCUGGUACCAAAGUCGAGCGUCCUCCUUCUCCCUUCUCGGUAGCUCCACAGGCCACCCUUCCUCCUGUGCCGCCACGACUGGAUCUUUUGCCGCAACGGGUGUCCAAUCCGCCUGGGGCUUCUAGUCCUGGGACCGCUUCAAAGGCUGCUCCGGGUACCCUUCACAAGGAUAAACCUUUGCCGAUCCCACCAACGCUUCGAGAUCUCCCGCCGCCACCCCCUCCGGACAGGCCACAUUGCAUCGGAACCGAGAGUCGACCUCAGAGACGUCCCCUGCCCUGCACGCCAGGAGACUGUCCUUCGAGAGACAAACUACCCCCCGUGCCCUCCAACCGUCAGGGCGAGCCGUGGCCGUCCCGACCGAUUCCGAAAGCCCCGUCUGCAGCUCUCAGCCCUGGCGACCCUUGGGCUGGGAGAGAACUGUCCAACAGGCACUCGCUUCCCUUCUCCUUGCCCUCUCAGAUGGAUUCCAGGGCUGACACCCAUCGGCUUGGGAGCACUCUCAGCCUGGACAACCCAGUGAGCUUGAGCAGUGGUCCACCAACAACCUCAGAGUGUGAGCACCCCAAAAUAAAACCCUCCUCAUCUGCCAAUGCUAUCUACUCCUUAGCUGCAAGACCACUGCCUGUACCGAAACUGCUGCCUGGGGAACAGUCGGAAAGCGACGAGGACACCGAAUACAUGUCACCAUCCUCUCUGCCUGUGGUGCCUCCAGGUCCUGCUGUACAAAAAACAGAGCUGAAAAUGCCUUUGGAAAUGACUCACAGUUUACGAGCAUUAGAGUGUGACCAGCAAACGGAUGGCUGUAUGUACGAGGCAAUGUACAACAUUCACUCCCAAGCAGCGUCCUCUGCUUUUGAGACUGUCAACACUUCUGAUGAAGGGGAUCUGGCAGCAGCCACUGCCAGCAACGGCCCCGAAGAAUCAGAAAAUGAAGAAGAUGGCUAUGAUAUCCCCAAGCCACCGCUACCGGUUGCUAUUGCUCGUCGCACACUGUCCGAUAUCUCCAAUGCCACGCCUGCCUUUAGCCGAAUGUCUCUGGAAAAUGACCCUGUAACAGGUUUUUCGGACGGCUCUCAAGUUCCGGAAAGGCCGCCGAAGCCGCUACCACGGAGGAUAAAUUCUGAGCGGAAAGCGGGGAGCUGCCAGCCAGGCGGAGCCAGCGGUGGGACCGGAGCGUCACUGCAACUCUCCAGUGAGAUUGAGAAUCUAAUGAGCCAAGGCUACUCAUAUCAGGACAUUCAGAAAGCACUGGUCAUUGCACAUAACAAUAUUGAAAUGGCCAAGAAUAUUCUCCGGGAGUUUGUUUCCAUUUCCUCCCCUGCGCACGUGGCCACAUAGCACAUUACCUCCACACCUAGAACUUCUGUGGACCAACUGCCUGGGCAGCCGUAGCCCAGCUACGCACCGAAGGGGAAGGGGGUUCCUUCAGAGACUUCGUGCUGAAGUCAGCCCUGCCUCUUAAGAGAAUCAGUUAUCAGGUUUUUGUGGUUCCAGAUUUCAAAGCAGUGGAAUGAAAUGGAGCAGAUUGGUGUUUUAUACAGUGUAUGUCUUGGAGUCCUUUACCCCUACCUCUUGUUUGAGAGAGCAGAUUUAUUUCCAGGGUGUUGGUAGAGAAAGGUAUCACAACGAGCGAUCCCAGAGCUGAUGCCCUGGAGGCUGGGGGGAUUGUUUUGUGCUGUGAAUUCUAAGUGAAUGCUCUGAGAAAAAAAGUCUCCAGGUCGGUGUGGUGUGUCCUGUGGUUCACGGUACUAGGUUUGGACCUGUUCGCUGCUGUGCGUUUGGCUCAGGCUUUUUAGAGCAGUUGAGAGGCGACUUUCUGCUGGGAAUAAAUGGGAGACCUUGGAAGAAAUCUUUCGAUUGCUUCCUGUUUGCCAGGGUGUUUACCUCUUACCUGUAAUAAUAGCAUUUAUUGCUUAUGAUGCAAGUUCUCCCUUUUUGCCUGGAGACAGCGCAACUAGCUUCUCUCAGGUAUUUUGAUCUUGGCAGUGCUGGGAGUUGGAUUUCUCUCACUAUGUGUCCUCUUGCUGGCCGUGCUGGCAGCAUGGGAUUCCAGGGAGCUAGAUACACUGAAAGUUGUGCGUGUUUUCGAGGGGUGGGAGAGAGGGUAGGAAGAACUAGAGUGAGAGCACGGAGCUGGCCGCUGCCUACCCUUUUAGCCCUCUGCGUUUCAUGCUUCGAUGCUCAGACUUGAUUGCGGCCCUGCUGGACUCGAGCAGCCGUCGCUGGACACUCCCAUGCGCUCUUUCUCUAGGAAUGUUGCAUCUGGUAAAUAUGAUGUUUUAUUUAUCUUAACUGCAUGGUGGCUGUCGCAGACUCGUGGCCUUCACGCGCAUUCCAUCACCUCCUUUAGAGAGCUUUCGUGGGAGCAAGUUGUCUUUGUGCCAGACUGUUUUGUGGAAUUGGUAGAUGCAGCUGAUGUAUUUGUUGGUAUCUUAUCUGCUUUGCAGUAAAAAAAAAAUGCAACAGUUCUCUGCAUGGCUAUCAAAACAUGGAGGUCUUCUUUCCAUUUCCAUUACUCCAAGGAAUUGCCAGAGCUUGUGUUAAAACAGAUCUGGGGAAACUCUGUUUAUAAAAGAAUCACACUGGGUUUUAAAAGUCAGUGCUCAACUGUUACUUGGAAAAAAACUGACUUGUGUACUCAGCUACUUACUCUGCUCUUACAUGCUUGAUAUGCGAGAAGUGCGUGGCUCCUUUUGAGAGGGUUUAAAUCAAGCAGGGAUACAUAGAUCGCAGCCUGACAGAUGGACAGCGUUCUGCAUACGCUGAGUGGCUGUUAGCCUUUCAAAGUAUGUCGCGGACUAUUUGCAACUCUCUAAGGGCAGCGGUAGUGACUAGGCGAAGGGUUGCAACUUGAAAUAGUUGUUGGAGUGCUUGUGGCAGUUGGAUGAAGUUUAGCCUUUUAAAGACUCCAGUAGCUUGUCCCAGAUCUCAGAUAAACAGCUUGCAGUUGGCAGAGAGGACUUAACAAGUGUUAGCAAAGGGAACAAAGCAUAAAUUGUUCAUUUUAUGUAAUUAUAAAAUUCACUGUAAAUCAACAGCCUUAUAAAUUGAUGCAGUGGGAUUCAGACAGUUUAAAAGCAGGAACUAUCUGUCCUCGCGCCCUUCCUUUCUCUGGUACAGAAAAUGUUGUCAAAAGCUGUAAGGAGCGCUCCUGUCUUAGGUGCGGCACAUGCAGGCCGUCAGCGCUGCUGCUGUUUUGGGGCCAGAGCCGAAACUCGGCGAUGCGGCGCACGGUGAGACUGACGUCAGUGGGCACGGCCCUCCGCAGCGCGCGGAGCCGAGCGCAGGGCCUGGCCUUGCUGAAGGUGUUGAGUUGCAGAGAAGGUGAGGUCAGUGCGUAUUGCACUCCGGGAAGAAGAGCUGUUCUUUUUUUUUCCUCUGCCCACACCCGCAGCGGUCAGCGGGAUCGUAAAUCAGUCCCGCUCUUUUUCUGUGAAAUGCGGAAGGCUCUGCCGGGAACGCCUGGCAGCUUGGUCCGUGUGUCCGGGGAGCUUCUAGAGGAGCAAGCCAGGCGCUGCGGCUGCUGAGGCAGGUACGUGGCGCAGCUCCAGUUGUCCUCUUAGUACAUCUGCGUGUUACAGUUGUGAGCCUGGCCAAACUGUCCUAGCGUAUUGUUGUUAUUUCCUGGCUUUGUGCUGGAGAACAGGUUAAAAACCCUUCUGCGAGGGAGCACUACUGUUUUAUUUCUCUCUUGUUUGUACCCUCUCCAGUUGUGCUGCUAGGUCCAGGUCAGUUUUGGAGCCAGUUCGGUUCCGACUUGUAGUGUAAACUCAGUGCAAGUGUGCUUAAACGUGGUGUGUGGCUGGCUUUUUCACCUGGACAGGGGCGCUGCUGCCAGGGCUGAGUGCGAGCCAAGCUGAAGUGGCUACAAAGCCUUAACUCUUGUCUUGCCACAGUGUUUGUGGUCAAAGUAGCGGUGCGCUGUCCCACGCAAGCCCAUUAGUAUGGCCUUGUCGUAGUGCUAAAUUAAACCGUGCCUAGCGGAGCUUUUGCAGGCCUGUCUUUGCGGUUCACGUGCCAAGGGACAGUCCCGUGGGCGUUGUUCCGGAUUAGCGAUUAGAGAGCAAUCUUUGUGGCAUGUAUUUCUGAUUUUUCUGCAUGUGUCCUUUCUGUGCACUGUUUGUGUCUCAAAUGAUUUUCGAGACUCAAAUCUCACUUUUUCCUCCUUGGACAUACGAGUGUUUGUUAGCGUCACUGAAAUCAGCGGAGUCCUGACCGAGUCCUCCGGCUGUGCUCUGUGAAGAAGUCAAUCGGGCACUUUACAGUGUAUUUCUUCAUUGUUUUUCUUUUAGAAAGGUGAGCCCAAGGUUUAUUCCUCUUUUUUUUCCUUUCACCUCCUUGGUGUUUAUUCUGGAAGAGUUACCUUUGUAAUGUUACUUGAAAAAAAAGGAAAAAAAGAAAAAAAAAAAAACCCAAAUGUCUUGUGCCUUUCUUAAGGGAAUGCUGCAUCUCUAGGCUGGAUCCGAGUACCCCUGCGAAAAGGAAGAGACCCAACUAGACUAGCCGUAAAACUGCCUUUGAGCAUGCGACUGCUUUGAAAGGGGUGAAGUGAAGGGGCAAGAGAGAUGGGCAAUUGUCACUUCAAGUAUGACACUGUGUUUUGUAGCAUUUCAACUGUGGAGGUUUCCUACUUUACUUGUUACUAACAGUGACUUGUCUGGACUGGUGCUGUAUUAAGCUUGGUGUGAAGACGGUAGAAUUGUAGGACAGGAUUGUUUUUGCUUGUAACCGAAUCAGUUCUGGUUAUACAAAUGCUGUUUUUCCCCCACCCGUCACCCUAGGACACAAAGCAAGCAGAGAAUACUCGGUACGGGACGAGCCGGGCACAGAACAUGUGGGACCAGUGUGCGUCUCUGCACGAUGAGCAGCAGGUAGCUACAGAAAGCAGGCACCUAGCAUCCGUCUCAAACAGGAUUCCUGGCUGACCUGGCGUGGCCAGCGCACCCAAGCUGAACGGGAAGCUGAACUGAGACAUAGCCGGCUACGAGUGCGGUAAAACUUGUCUGCUGCACCAGCCUUGUCUCUCUUUGUCUCGCUGCAAAUGCUGCAGAUGGAGGCGUUCAGUGUGUCGCAUGGGUAGCGUGCACUUGCUUUCCUGAUAAACAGGUUUUCUGCAUGCCCCUCACUGAGCCCUGAUUUUGGAGGAGCCCGGUAAGUUUGGGGUACAGCAUGUUGCUUCCUGUACUAGACUAAUUACAUUACUGUGGCUAAUGCUGAGACAGGAUCAUGACUGUAAAUGUCCUUUUCAGUAGAGCAAGAAAAAAAUGCAAGUCCGGGGGCACUUUUUGAAGGUGCCGCUUGAAAAAUUAGAUUGGGGAAUAAGGACACCUAUUUUUAAAACCCCUGAUAAAAGUUGUUUUUGAAAUUCCUGGUGGGGGAGGAACAGUUGUUAUUUCUCUUGAAUGAUGAAUACCAAUUUGUAUAAUAUCAGUGUUAAAAGUAUUGAGAUUUUCACAAAAUAUUUUAAAAAGUAUAAUAGUGUCAUUAAUAUAAAAAUAUAAUAGCAGUAUUUAAUCCUUUCAGAUCUGUAAAGAAUAAGAGAAAACAGAAGGUAAAUAUUCUUACAGAGAGUAGCUUAGCUUUAAGGUUCACUUGGUUUAAAGUCCUGGUUUUGUUUGCAAAUGCAUUGUUAAUGUUUAGAGGUUAUACUAAUGUUAUUUAUUAAUUGUUUCCAUUCCUGUAUGCUGCCCACUAAGAGCUUCUUUGUUUGGGAUUUCAUUCACCUGUGUCAAUAAAAGAAACAAAACAAAACAAAGUUUUAUUUUUAAAUAAAAUUUCCUUUGUUGUAGCA